AUUAUACUCCGUGGUUUGGCCAUAGUGUGCUACGGAAAUGACUAUUCAGUUACGGCCUCUGAUUGUAGAUUAAUUAAAUUCCUUCUCAUUUCUAAUUUCAUCUUUUAAUGUCACAAGAUUGUUGAUAAAAUAUUUCUCAGAAACUUGAAUUUUAAAAUCAUAGACCUUGUUUGUGUGCUAUUGUGGGUGUCAAUCGUGUAUAAAUUGCUGUAUUUGAUAAUAAUCAUGCUGUUGAUUCUGGAUGAUAUUCAUAAAAAGCAUUUGGAUCUUCUUAAAGAUAUAAAUAUCAAAAUUCUGAAAGAAUUUUGUCGAAUAGCCAUUGAACAUCUUCGUAAAGGAAGUAAUCCAAAAGUAUAUCAGAGUGCUGCUCAAAGACUGAAUGUAGAAGCUGAUCUUGUGCAAAAUGCUGUCACUGGUAUCAUGCAUUUGUUUACUGAAGCAGCAAAAAAUAUGGUGAAUGAAACAGAAUUCCGUGAUUCAAUCAUAUUUUUGGGUUUUAAUGCUGAAAGCCAGGAAGAACUCGUUAGAUGUUAUUUAGAAAAUAGUCAAGAAAUUCGAUCUUUGCUCACUACUUUAAAUGUGGGUAUUCCUCAUUAUCAUAAUCUGGAAUGGAGAAUUGAUGUUCAGAUUGCAAGCAGAAACUUGCGCAGACCAGUUGAACCGUCUUUUCUUUUGAAAUUGCAACUGCAGAAAGAUGGGGAGGCAGUCAAUAAUGUUUUUGAAGCUGAUCCUUCUAACAUUAUUCACAUGACAGAAGUAUUAGAUCAAGCCCUUCAAGAAGCAAAAUCCCAUCAUUGUCGACGAAUUAUGAGAAGCAUAAAAUAAACAAAUAUUUAUAUAAUGUGUUAUUAUUCAUCUUUUCUACGUUGUAGCAUGCUAUGAAGUGUAAAGUAAUUAAUUUAAUAGUUGACAUAUAUUUUAGAAAUGUUACUCAAUAAAUUAAUUUUUAUAAAUUCA